GUGCUAUUAAUGCUCUUUCCUACGUAAGUAAUGGAUAUACUGUUCAUCGUUACCCUUUUCACAGCAUGGCUUAAUACUUGUGAAUCACAGAUCCCAGGGAACCCAGGUACUUGUUCAAAUGUUUCAAAUGGAGAGCCUUUGGUUUGCUGUCCAAAUUAUCGAAAAGUCGGGACCUCUUGCGUAGAAUGUUGGCCUGGAUCACGAGGUGUUAAUUGUGUUGAAGAUUGUCCAAAUGGGUUCUAUGGACGACUCUGUAAAAAGAUGUGUGAAUGUCAUCCAUGUGAUAAAGUCAACGGGUGUCUUCUCAAUUGGAACUAUACUCAUUUAGAGGAAAAUGAAGGUCCAACGAGAUUUCACUGGUUUUCAAUACUAAUUGUGUCAUUUGGUGGAUUUGUAGUUUGUUGCAUCUUAUGCCUUUCUGUCUUUUGUAUAUUCAGAUUUAGUGCCUCUGCUACACCUAAUGUUCUGACCGAGAAAGACGUUCAGAAUGACAAGGAUCUUUCCAAAAAACUACCACAUAACCUUUUGCAAAAGACAAGCACUGUUGAUGUAGCCCGAUCAAAUGAUACAGAUUCAGAUGCUCACUGCAAAGGCGUUUGUCAAAGGAAAGAUCAUUUUCCCAUAAAGAAAAGCGAUGAACCCAAAGAUUUUCAAUACUAUCAUAUUGAUCCGCUCAAUGAACCUUACAAUAUUCUUAAACUGUCAUUCAAAAAUGAUGUUCAAAAAAUGAAAAGUGAGACACAACCUUUGCAAAUACUGAGCCGUGCUCAACAUGAUACUUUUGAAAGAAAACGAUGUCGGGAAGCUGUGGGUUUGUUAUAACGGAAUCAAUCUUAAUGUUGUAUAAUAAAAAUUUU